GGGCACUGGAGGUGUGUGCUCGUGGACGCGCUGCCGUGCACUGGCUGGAGAGCCGCAGCGUGGGGCUCAACGUCGUCUACUAUGACUACACAGCCUACCAGACCUUCCUGUACCGCCGCUGCCAGCUCAUCCCCGUUUCCUGAUGCUGGGACCGCAUGCCCAGCUGGCACGUUGCUUAGAUCUACUGCAAGAGGACAAGCCGCUUGAAUUCUUUGUGUGGUUGGGCUGAGGGAUACAGGACAUCUCAGCUGUCCAUCCGCUCAUUAACUCUGUCUUUUCUUAUGAAAGUGCAUGUCUUUUAUCCUCCCCUCCAAUGAUAGUGUUACAGUCAUGGCUCUGUGGCUUUUUCUCCCCCUUUCCCUGGUUCCGAUGGCCUUGUUGUCACCUGUGACACAGUGCUAUGUGCCACCCAGCCCCGGAGAUGGCCAUAGGACUUCACUCACACUGAGGGCAUUUAAUUGCGUCAGUGACCAAGUGCAACCCAGAAAGUCGUGUCAGCCCUUGCUGGCAAACGUAGAGGUUGCAGGAGGAAACUGGAGUGAUGGACUGAGGAUGUGAAGAGCUGCCUUCCUGGAGGUGUUCUUGUCUCUGGAGUGCACUGGUGGGUCAUAUUAUCUAUUUCUGGAUGACUGUACCUUGCCAUCUGCUCCAAACACCUGCAUUACUCUGGAGUUUCUGUCUUUUGGCGGUGGCUCUUCCAUGCUGUGCCAAAGGAUGGCCCCUUUGCAGCUGCAACUGUGCUAAGUGUCCCAAUUACAAUUAAGGACCUGGGAGAAGCCCUUGCCCUGAACUGCAGCAGAAAAGGUCCUGAGCAUUUGGUGACCCUAUUAGCUGUAGGGUUAUAGGGUGAGUUUUAUUCCCCAUUAUCCCUGCAGUGAAUAUCUGUAGGGAAGCCACAAGCUGCUGCAAGCGUGUUUGGAUUUUGCUGUUGGGAUUGUGUAUGAUAGAAGCCCCUGGAGCUGUCUAGAUACGGGCGCUCGGCCAGGGACUGGAGGAGUCGUGUGAGCUGCUCAGCCUCGCCAGCACCCUGCACUCCCGUAGCUUGGAGCUGAUGGUUUCUGGCCCUCACCUACCGCAUGGGGAGAGUUGAACUGGGCUCCCUGGGGAGCAGAGAGUCUCGCCAGAACUUGUGGGCUGGGAUUUUAUUGUCUCUGUCCAUAUGCGGAUGCCUUUUCUGCUUUGCGAGAGGGACGUGGGCAUGUGAUCACAGGAGUGUUUUAAGGGAGCGAAGGCCGUGGGCUGCAGAGAAGUUCUGUUCUGCAGCCAAAAUCACUUCCUUUGCAUCCUGCUGGGUCCUGCUCUGUCCCACUGUCCCCAACAGCAGCGCGAGGACCUUCCUGAUGUCAGCUAGCAAGAGGCUGCUGAAAACGUGCCAUCAUCCAAAAGAUCCUGUGACUGCUCCCUUCUUGUUGCUUCUCGACAAUGGUGAAGUCACCAUCCUGCAGGCAGGAAGGCACGAGUUCCCGUUCACCUUCCAGCUCCCUGAGACCCUGGCUACCUCCUUCGAGGGAAAGCAUGGUAGCGUGCGCUACUGGGUGAAAGCCAAACUGCACAGACCCUGGUCAACAGUGAAGAAAGUGAAGAAGGAGUUCACUGUGAUUGAACCCAUCGACAUCAACACACCUGCGCUGCUGGCUCCCCAGGCAGGUGCUAAGGAGAAACUUGCUCGUGCCUGGUACUGCAAUCGUGGCCAGGUUUCUGUGACUGCCAAGAUUGACCGAAAAGGCUACACCCCAGGUGAGGUCAUCCCUAUCUUUGCUGAGAUCGACAACUGCACAAGCCGAGCGGUAGUGCCCAAGGCGGCCAUCAUCCAGACUCAGACCUUCAUUGCUCGUGGCACCAAGAAGCAGAAAAAGUCGGUGGUGACCAGCAUUGUCGGUGACUCCAUUGCAGCGGGGAAGCGGGAAGUGUGGCACGGGCGGGCGCUGAAGAUCCCACCGGUGGGUCCGUCCAUCCUCCAGUGCCGCAUCAUCCAGGUGGAAUACUCCCUGAAGGUUUGUGUGGAUAUUCCUGGGACAUCCAAGCUGCUCCUUGAACUGCCCCUUGUCAUCGGAACCAUCCCACUGCAUCCGUUCGGGAGCCGCACGUCCAGCAUCAGCAGCCAGUACAGCGUCAACCUGGACUGGCUGAGCACCAUCCUGGAGCAGCCGGAGGCUCCCCCUGAAUACUCGACAGUCGUGUCCAGCCUGGAGACGGAGCAGAGCCUGGCUCCGCCGUGCCGCAGCGAACUUGGUGGCAUCCUGGAAGGUCCCUUCUUUGCCUACAUCCAGGAGUUUCGCUUCCGGCCACCUCCGCUGUAUUCGGAGAUUGAUCCAAACCCCCCUUCAGACAACACCCGUCCGCGCUGCAUGACCUGUUGAGAGAAGCGAUUGGAUGUGGUUGACAGCGUGGCGAUCCCUUGGGAUGAAAGCUUGUACCCUCGCAGCACUUCGGUGUGGAAACGGGGACGCAGCAGCCGUGAGACCAGAGCUCCCGCAGCGCCGAGACCCUGGCUCUGCUCACUGCCCUCAACUACUCUUGUGACGUCCCGCAGACCGAUACCAAGCAUGGCGGUGUGGACUCGUGCGUGGUAGGAGAACACGUGAGACUCCGGUGCGUGGAGUGGUUCCGUGUGUGGUUGGGCAGGACGCAGAGGGUUAAUAACAGCUCCGGUAUUUGGGGGUUCAAAGGGGAGAUGUUUUGCUUUCUCCUUGCCUGCAGUGGCUGUGCUCUGGCAACUCCUGACAUGGAAAACAGGAGCUUGGAGGUAUUUCUGAGAAUUUCUGAGAAUAUUUUAGUCAUGCUCGGGUUUGAGUCCCGUGGUGAUGCAGAUGCAGCCCUUCUGCAGUAGCUCACUAGGAUUGCAGUUCCCUAAGAAAGUAAAAGGCCUUUUUCUGGCCAGAUGAAGCAGAGACGUUGUCCGCUGCUGAUAAUCUUUGCCACGAGCCUGGUGAUGCCUGCAGGGGGGAAUGGUUUGAGCUCAUCUACCGAAACUGUAAAGGCUCCUAUGGCUGUUACCAGGGCAGAGGACUUGGGGGAUGAAUUUAUGAUCUGUGGCAGUGUUUUGGUGCCAUUUACCAAGAUCAGGAAAGCUGAUUCCUGUGUGUCAGAACCAAACCUGCACGAUGUGCUACCGCCUCCCCUCUGACGGGGCUGAAAGCAGCCCCCAGACUGUGGUACCACCACGGGGCUGUCGGAGCUGUGGCUCUGGCAUCUCCCCUGGUGGCCAAGGAAAGGAGAAGGAAGCCCAGUCCAAGACUGGUGACAGCCACAAACGCUGAUGGGAGAUGUGGAGUCCUGCUCAGGACGGCCUUGAUCCUGUGCCCGUAGAGGGGUUGGUGGCCCCAGCGCGCUAUGGGAACCGGUGAGCCGGGGGUUGUAGCAAGGACCGCUCGAGCGUGCAUGCUGGGGGCUGACCCCGCUCACUCCAACCUGAUCUGAGCAGAGUUUAGGUGCUGAGGACCUUUGCAUUCCCUCACUGAGACAAUCCUGCCCGCGGGGCUGUUCACUUCCCCGCACACAACCAAAGCCAGGUGCGCCUUGGCCUCUGCCGGGGCUGCGCUCCGCUCGCUGAGGAUUGCUCAGGUUAUUUUUUUUUUUUGUAUCUGUGAACACUUUUGUAAUGACCACUCUUGUCUCUUAUUAUUCUUUUUGUAUGACUUUUUUGUAUGACUUCUUGUUGGGGGAUUCUUGUUUGAAAUAAAUUCUUUAAACCCA